UUCUCUAAUUUUUAUGGUAGUUAAUGAUGACAGACAGAAUAUCAAUCACAUGUGUCUACGUGUCCUCCUGAAAUAUCUGGAAUUAGAUCACAGCAGAGGUUUGGUGGAAGAAACUUAAGGAAACCACUCAGAAAACAGGCUGGCUGUGAGCUUCGAGGGUGUGGAGCUGUUGCAGUUGUUGAUCCAGGAUCCAGGAAGUAAAAUCAUAACAAAAGGCAGUGAGGAAGCUUUCCAAUACAUUUUCCUCAUUAGCAGUUUUUGGUUUACACAGUCAGGAUGAUGCUGGUCUUGGUGUUAUUUGGAGUCCUCGUAGUUGGAGUUUAUUUUCUUCUCCACAUGACUAUACUCAAGCAGCCCAGAUGUAAAAGUACUGCAAAACUCCACGGGAAAACUGCCAUCGUCACUGGUGCAAACACCGGCAUUGGUAAGGCCACAGCGAUGGAACUGGCCAGGAGGGGGUCAAAGGUGAUCCUGGCUUGUCGGGACAAACAACGAGGUGAAACUGCCGUUAAGGAAAUUAUUCAGGAAACGGGGAACAACCAGGUGAUCUUCAUGCAGCUCGACCUGGCCAGUCUGCAGUCGGUUCGCUCUUUUGCUGAAAGGUUUCUGCAGUCCGAGUCAAGGCUGGAUCUUCUCAUCAACAACGCCGGACUGAUGAAUGGUGGAAAUACAGAAGAUGGCUUUGGGAUGAUCUUUGGUGUCAAUCACCUGGGUCACUUUUUGCUGACAUUGUUGCUCCUUGAUUGCCUGAAGGCAAGUGGGAAAAGCCGUGUGGUGACUGUGGCCUCCAAAGCCUAUGAGAUUGGAAGAGUGGAUUUUAACUGCCUGAACACUCACAGAGAUUUGGCUGCGGGCACUAGCUACUAUCAGGUCUUCAAGAAAUACUGCCACAGCAAACUUUGCAACAUCCUCUUCACCUAUGAGCUAGCCAAGAGGCUGCAGGGCACGGAUGUCACCUGCUACAGCCUUCAUCCUGGACCCAUAAAAACAGAGAUUAGUCGUUAUGCAGGCAUGUGGUGGAGGCUCUUCUUCAUGCCGAUCAUCUUCCUGUUCUUUGUGGAUGCUGACUCUGGCGCUCAGACUACUCUUCACUGUACCCUGGAACAAGGCAUCGAGCACCUCAGUGGCCAUUACUUCACCAAAUGUGCGCCGCUGCUCAACAUCGAUCCGAAGGCGAGAGAUGAUGUAGUGGCCAAGAAGCUGUGGGAGCUCAGUGAGAGUUUCUGUGGUCUGUCAUAAAACCGGCCCUGAAAUUGGGGCUUUGUCUUAAUCUGUAGUGAGCAUAUAAACUUUACAAUGGGCUUCCUUUUUCCCAUGUAACUUGAGCCUUUAGUAUAAAUGAUUAGCAGUCAGACAUAAAGCCAGAGUCUCCUUGAAAACCUUAAAAGAAUUAAAAGUUGAAAACAGUAUUAAGCUGUUUCCGCAGUGUGCAGAAUCUUAGUCGUGACAGUUUGUUUCAAUGUAAAUAUAUUGCUCAUGAAUAAAAAUCUCAGGUCUUUAUCAUACAAUUGCAGCUCUCAGAAAAUCCGUCACUUGCAGUUCAGUCCAUACGUUUUUGGACAAAGAUACUAUUUUUUUGUUGUUGUAAUUUUGCCUCUGUGCAACACCACAGUGGAUUAGAAAGGAAACAAUCAAUAUGUGAUUGAAGUGCAGACUUUCAACUUAAAUUUUUUUGCAGCUGGUUUAACAAAAGCAUUGCAUUAACUAGAAUUAGAGUCAUUUUUAUACAUAGCUUUCCAUUUUUAGAGGCUCAAAAUUAAUGGAACAAUCGACUGAGAAGCCGUUUCAUGGCUAGGUGACGCAUGUUCCCUUGUAAUUCCAUGAAAAUUAAGCCUAUAAAAGAUCUGGAGGUGAUUCGAGGUGUUGAAUCUGCAUUUAGAAGCCAUUUACUGGAACUCUCAAGGGGCCUCCUACACUAAUAUGUGUGUAUAACCCGGUGCACAAAACCACACACAUGUGCACCAACCAGUUUUGUUCUUACCACUGUUCGUUAGUGAAUCAGAAUCAUUGUAAAUAAAUAAGUUCGGGCAACUGACAUGCUAGCUGUAAGCUGCCACACCCCACUUCUCCAUGCACCAUAGCCCCACCCUUGGGGUGAAGUAGGGAAAGCAGUGACAAUGAUGUAAGUUGGGAUUCACAUGGAUGCCUACAUUUUGAUGCCAAACUGCAACUACUUUCUGUCUUUGCCUAAAUGUGAUUUGGCUGGCUGACACCUGUGCUGGUGCAUCAUAAGUUGAAUUUCUCUUGCCUUUCAGUGCAAGCAGGACCAGCAAAGCGAAGCAACAGAUCCAUUUCCAAAAAUUUCUAAAACAACCCUGCCUUCAUCAUUUGUUCAUGGUCUGAGGCAGUUCUAAAUUUAGUUGUAGAGUACAAACAAAUUCAGCUACGAAAAUGAUGAUUGAAUCAUAGAUUCACACAUGAAACAGUUGUAUGAAUGGUUUAAGUAAAGAUUUGUGCAUACUGUUUACACUGAUAUUCAGGAAGGUCAGAUUAGACUUUGCCAGAAGUGCCCAUCCAGUUCUGGGGAAAAAAAAGAAACAAAAAGAAAAAAUAUUUGGGCAGAUGAAACCAAGAAUGAACCAGAAUGAUGGGAAGAAAUAAGUAUGGAGAAGGAGAGAAACAGCUCUUGAUCUGAAGUGUACAACAUUGCCUCUACCAUGUUUGAUAGGUAAUGUUUGGCAAUGGCAGCGUGUGUGGAACUUGAUCACUAGUGUUUAUUGAUGAAGUGUCUGCUGUUAGAAGUAGCAAGAUGAAUUCUGAGGGCUGUACUCCCUGCUCAGAGUAUUCAGCCAAUUGUUGCAAAACUGAUCAGAUAAUGACUCACAGCACACUACAAAAGGGUUUCUCAAGGAAAAUGAAUGAUCAAGUCAGUCACUUGAUGGCAAUCCAAUAGAGUGCACACCUUUCAGUUACUGAGGAAAAAAACUGAAGGCAGAAAACUUCACAAACGAUCAGCAACUGAAGAUAGCUGCAGUAAAGGCCUAGCAGAGCAUCCCAAAGGAGGAAGGCCGGCAUCUGGUGAUGUCCAUGAGUUUUAGACUUCAAACACUCAUUGGUUUCAAAAGAAUCCAAUCUAAUCCAAUCAUUAACACUGUUCUCGCAUUUGAAAAUAUGUCACUUUGUCCUGUUGAGCCUCUGAAAAUAUGGGACUAUGUGCAAAAAAGGCUGUAAUUCCUAAACAGUGAAUGCAACACUUGUUAAACUCCUCGAAGCUGAAACUCUGCAGUUUAGUCACAUUUUGAUUGCUUGAUUUAAAAUCCUCUGGAGUGGCGUACUCAUCGACAAAAUUACAAAAAUGAAAAACCAUACAACCAUCGGAUCUACCCAUACAAAUAAAAUGAAAUCUUAAUACACUCCCAAAUUUUGAAUGACUAAAUUUAAAGUCCCAAGUUACAUGACAAAUGUUUUGGGUACCUGUCUGUCAUAGUUUUACUUUAUGAUCUAGCAAUACUUCAGUCAAUGUGGACACAUGACUUGGUUUGUUCAGGAAUACCAUCCAUUUAAAUGUAUUUGAAACACAUUGCAGAUGUAUGCGAUAUUAUGUCAGUAUAUUACAGUAUAUUCAUGCUAAAUCCAAGAACUUAUUCAGGGUGAAGUCAGACAAAAUGCUUCCAUUUCUACUGAUUUCAAACAGUUAUUACUUUGUUUGUAUCAUCUAGAGUCUCUUUCUUUGAGUAAUUUUUAUUCCUAAAUAGGGUUGGAGUACAGAGGUCAUCAACAGCCAUGUCCAGGAAGACUAUUCCAAGACUAUGUUUUACUACAUUAGUUACAUUCAAGUUACUUUUAUACAAUGAAUUGACUAAAAGUUCAAACUUAUGGCUUUGACGGCUGAACAGAGAUAUUUCAUUAACCGUUGAGUAAUUAGAAGUAUUUUUAAGGUCAAAUGUAUUUGGAUAAAUUAGGCCUAUACUUCAGUGUUUUUCAUCAGUCUGGUUGAGAUCAGGUGAUUGAUUGCAGAAUAGUCCACUUUUUACCUUCACAACCUGUGUGUGAUGUGCCAUCUAAUUGCCUAUACUGCAUUUGGAUAAAUCUGAGAACACAGUAUAGUGCUGUACAUGUCACAACUCAUGCUUUUGUCUUCUGUCAUGUCAACAAUAAACACUGUA